AUGACAGCAGAAACACAGGUGCUGUUCCCAGCACGGCUGCCCCCAGAGCCCGGGCUGGAGGGCGCCAUGCACAGGGCCCGGGCCCCGGUCCUGCUCGUGCUGCUGACACUCUGCGUCACUGCUGGGACCCCCGAGGUGUGGGUGCAAGUUCAGGCGGAGGACGCCAACUUCACCAUCCGCUGCGGAUUCCGGGGAUCUGGCUCCAUCUCCCUGGCGACCGUGAGCGCCGGGGCCUCCGAGGAUGCUGGGGGAACCCUGCUGGCUGUGUUGCACCCAGAACUGGGCACCGAGCUGUGGGUCCCUACCUGCCAGGCCCACUGGGAAGACAGAACCAGCAUCCUUCUCACCCUGGAAGGGUUGGAGGGGAGAAGCCCUGGUCCCAACACCACCUUCUGCUGCAAGUUUACUUCCUACCCUGAGGGUUCCCAGGAGGCCUGUGGGAACCUCCUGCUCAGCUUGGAAGAAGGGAUGCGGGUCCCUACGGCAGCCUCCAUACUGCGGGCAGACCUGGCUGGGAUCAUGGGGGCCUCGGGGGUCCUCAUCUUCAGCUGCAUCUGUCUCCUCUACCUCCUGCAUCGGCGGAGGCGCUGGUCUAUCGUGAAGCUUCAGCCGGCCCACAGCGGCGCCCAGACACAGAGGCAAGCAAGGAUGGUCAGCCGAGACCCCCUGGCAUCUCUCCACACCCCCUACGCCACCGUCAGCAACAACUACGUUGACCCACCCACUAUGGACACAGUCCCUCUGCCCCAACCGCCGUCCUGGGGGACAAGGACCCCCACCCAAACGGCACGCCAGCUGCGGUCCCCCGCCCCCAGGGCAGCCCUGCCGCCCUCCGCUCGCCACAACUUCAUCUCCAUGGAACAUGGACUCCGUGGCAAGGCCAGCCCAGCGGCGGUGUCCAACACAAUCUUCCAGCAAGCUGCCACUUACUCUUCCGGCUGGCCCAUCAUCAUCACCGUCCAAGAAGCCCUGGGCAACCGCCUAGUAGCUCAAUGCAGCACGGGGCAGCUCAGGAGGUCACAGCCCAGCCUGGUGCCUGUGGCACAUGAAGCCAAAACCCUCGGGAGGCAAGAACCUGGGUUGCCAGCCUGCUCCCUGCCCAGCUCCAAGUGCCAGAACCAGCAGCAUCUGAAGAGAGAGCUGGGUGCGCUGUGA